AUGGCUGUUUUUGCGUAUCCACCUAAAAGUGCACUGCAGCGUGUUGCCAACCUAUAUGACGUGCCGUCCAUUCCCUCCCCGGGUCAGGCCUACGGGUACGAGGAGGAUGACCUGGGUAUUCUCCGCAAGCAAGAACCCCCGCACAGAGACGCCACCCUGGGCCCGGCCUACUACACUCCCUCCAGUGCCGAGAACAUGUCAAAGUACAAGGGUGUACAUUUUGGCAAUAUGAGCGCCAGGAGAGGGGAAGUGAGCAAAGAAGAAGGCCCUGGGCCAGGCCACUACUACCCUGAAAUCGUCCCGGAAACACGCUAUGAGAAUGUCAACCUGCGGAAAGAGCAGAAGGUCAAGGCGGAGCUGCUUAUUCCUCGAUAUCACCAACUGCUGCCCCAACUGGAGCACAAAAAGGGCGUGCCUGGUCCCGGACAUUAUGACAUCAGAGGACAGUUUGAGAGGACCAGCGAUAAAAAGCAGCCGGUUACCUCCUCCUUUCUAUCUGAAACUGAGCGCUUCAAAGUUGCCAAGGAAGCGUCGCCCCCUGUCGGCACCUAUGAUGACCCGCGCUGCGCCAUCAGAACGGUUCACAGUGGGACAGGGGUGAAUAAAAGCCCAUUUGGUGUCACAUCACACCGCUUUCAGACGAACCACAAUCGAGGUUCCGCACCAGGUCCUGGGUCCUACAAUGUUGUGUACAUGGGUUUGGCCCAGGAGAGUUUGAGAAGGGCAUUUUUAGAAAGAACCACGAAGGGAGGCUUUGGCUCCACCGCUAAACGCAGCAGCAGCUUCCUCAACAACGAGUUCGGACAAGGACCCAGUCCAGCAGAGUACAAGGUGGAAAAUCGUCCAGAGGAGCUUUACAAAAAGCAGCACACAGCCGCAUUUAGAUCAGCCACACAACGCCUGGCAUCCACAAAUGUGGCCAAAAAAGCUAAUGACAGGGUGCCUAGAGAGGAACUGUGGUUUUGUAUGAGGAAGUCUGGAGUGGCAGAGAAGUAUGUUCAAGUGAUGCAGGACAUGUAUGAGGACUGUAACACAAUGAUGAGGUGUGCUGUCUGUGUGACGGACGAGUUCAAAGUGAAGGUGGGACUACAUCAGGGAUCAGCUCUAAGCCCCUUCUUGUUCGCUAUGGUCAUGGACAGGAUGACAGAGAAGGUUAGAGAGGAAUCUCCAUGGACUAUGAUGUUUGCAGAUGACACUGUGAUCUGUCGUGAGAGCAGGGAACAGGUGGAGGAGAAAUUAGAGGUAUGGAGGUUUGCCCUGGAAAAGAGGUGUUACCGGCACCCAUGGUUUGUAGUAACGAGCAUUGAGGAACUGGCUUGGUUCUACAUCCGCCUUUAUAAAGACAAAAUUCCCGUGUUCGUGUAUGAGGAGACAUCCAACUUUGUGACUGUGCAGGUCCUGCCUUCUGCGCGCCCCUCAUCGGAUUACACGCCUGCCUCUCUUCCGAGCCUCCUCAUCCCACGUCAGCUCCCCAACUUCGCUCCCAGCAAUCUACAGCCUUGUGAUCUUCAAUAA